GGGUGGUUCUUGCUAUUAUAUCUGGACUGGUUGCGAUUGCGUUGGAAAUGGGGCUUAAGAUGAAUUGUGCUCAAAAUCAGGGUUUUUCCACCAUCAGCAUCUUUGCUCAGGGCCCACAGUAUGGUCUUAUCGCUCUCGCUGAAGUGUUCACUGCUCUCACAGUUAAGGAGUUUUCAUACAUGGAAGCCCCUGAUGGCUUGAAGUGCUUCAGUAUGGGUUUAAAUCAGACUGCUCUAGGACUCUCAUUUCUAAUCUCGCUGGGUAUAGAAAGCUUGGUGAAAACCUACACUGACUGGUACGAUUUUGAUUUAAAAGACAUGUGCCUGGCCAGUGACCCAAGCCAUUUGGAGUAUUUCUUGGCUAUAUUGGUAGUAAUGAGCUUAGUCUUCUCCGUAGUAUUCCCUUUGGUCACUAGGAUACCGAAGACCAUAGACGAGGAGGGAGAGAAUUUAGAGAGUAAUUGACAGACUUUACCACGAAUGAAUGAAUGGUGCUUUCGUAGGAAAACUGAAAUACCCGAAAUUAUUCUCUCUGAAAGCGCAAAAAGAUGGAUGUGUAUGUAUUUGCUCAAGAGGUUGUUUUUGUGUUGGUUGCAUUUUUUUAACAAAUUGUAAAACGGAAGUGCGCGACAUAUAUAAUAUGAAAAUUGUUAGUCACAAGCUCACAUCGUGGAAAAUAGUAAACUCAUUUUUUAUACAACUCCACAUUAAGGACAUUUCUUCUAAACUAAUUUUUUUCAAAUAAUGUUGUUCGUUUUAGGCCGAUAGCAUUCUGAAAAUGUUCGAUAUAAUAAUGUUUAAUUAAGAGAGAACUUCUUAAAAUAGGCCACAAUAACAUUACAUGAGUGUGCCAAGGCAGCGCAUGUAAAACUGAAAGUUUAAGGGUAUUAUUACCCUUUAUUAUCAUACUGAUAUGAUACUGAAAAUGAGUUUUUUUUU